ACCUGGCCCGACUUGCAUCCCCUAUAUAUGUUCAUCCUCGACGUCUCAACUCAAACCCUAGAAAGCUUGAACGGCCGCGGCAGAACAGACGCCCCGUCUCGUCCAGGUUUGACUACUUCGGGUGGAGGGAGUUGCUUUAGUUACCAAUGGCGCCUCCUGCUAAAGCUGCCACCACUAAGAAGGCUGAUCCCAAGGCACAGGCCUUGAAGGCUGCCAAAGCCGUGAAAUCAGGUGCUUCAUCCAUAAAGAAGAAGACAAAGAAGAUUAGAACAUCAGUUACAUUUCAUCGGCCAAAGACAUUGAAGAAGGACAGGAACCCUAAGUACCCUCGCCUUAGUGCACCACCAAGGAACAAGCUUGACCAUUAUCAAAUACUCAAAUAUCCCCUAACGACAGAAUCUGCAAUGAAGAAAAUUGAAGACAACAACACACUGGUUUUCAUUGUUGAUAUCCGUGCAGAUAAGAAGAAGAUAAAGGCUGCAGUGAAGAAGAUGUAUGACAUUCAGACCAAGAAAGUGAAUACCUUGAUCAGGCCUGAUGGGACUAAGAAGGCAUAUGUGAGGUUGACACCUGAUUAUGAUGCACUGGAUGUGGCAAACAAGAUCGGUAUAAUCUAAGUAUUUUUUUUUCUAUCUUUCCAUCCUUUGUUAAAGAUUUGUUUUGAUUUAAGAAAUUCUAGUGAUUUUGAGAGCAGUUUUGUUUGAAUUGCCUAGUAUACAGAUGGAACUACAUUUUUUCUAUUUUAGCCUUCUUGAUUUAGUAUUUUUCCUCUGAAUGAUAUGGUAUUUUUCCUCUGCUAUUAAAGUACCCGAUCUGUUCGUAGCCCCACCUGGGGAAUCUA